UCAUUAUAAUAAUAAAAAAUAAAAAAUUAUUUCUUGAACUUAAACCUCAUCCUUUUGGACCGACCGCAUGUGAAGGCGGGAACGAACAGAGAUGGUCUUCCCAAUCCGCUCAAAAGCUCGUCGGAUUCUUUCAACAAUGGCAGCUCUGAGACCUUCCUCAACCUGUAGCAAUUACAGAAGAAAAUCCUCUGCCUCAAACCUGACAAAUUCUGCAGAAGUUGAACAAGGAACCCAUGUAGAAUUACUGCCUUCAGUCAAAAGACACCCAGUUAGAAGGCUGGAGGCUUCAAAUGAUUCCAUGGAACUUGCCCAUGAAUGUUCAAAUUGUGAAGGAGAAAAUGUGUCAAAAGCUAAUAAUGGGCCUGACUUGUUUGGUGAGAUGAAAGAGAGGUUUCUGAGUUUUAAGAAGCACAAAUUUUUGAAAGAGUCAGAGCAUUUCCAAACUCUAGCUCAAGCUCAAGCACCCAAGUUCAUGGUGAUUGCUUGUGCAGACUCUAGGGUAUGUCCCUCUAACAUCCUAGGCUUUCAACCUGGAGAAGCAUUCAUGAUUAGAAAUGUAGCAAACCUUGUUCCCCCAUUUGAGAAUGGAGCAUCAGAAACUAAUGCUGCCCUUGAGUUUGCAGUAAAUACUCUUGAAGUAUGUCAUCUUACUCUUGAAUCUCUUUCAACCUGUGUGUUUAUGUAUAACUUAACUGCCUUUUGCUUAAAAUCGGAAUCCAUCUCCAAAUUCGGGGUUCUGGAGCUAGCGACCUUGAAAAUUGAUCAAAAUGUUCAUGGCCGACUUCAGGUUAAGAAUAUAUUAGUCAUUGGCCACAGUAGCUGUGCAGGAAUUGAGACCCUCAUGAGAAUGCAAGAUGAUGGUGAUUCAAGUAGCUUAACUCAUAGUUGGGUUAUCAAUGCCAAAGUUGCCAAACUAAGAACAAAAGCUGUUGCACCACACCUUAGCUUUGAUCAGCAAUGCAGACACUGUGAGAAGGAAUCAAUCAAUAGUUCAUUAUUGAAUUUACGGACAUACCCAUGGAUAGAAGACAGAGCAAAGAAAGAGAUGCUCUCUCUUCAUGGAGGAUAUUAUGAUUUCUUGAGGUGUACGUUUGAGAAAUGGACUCUUGAUAUGAAUGGUACCAGACCUGUAGGAGGAGGCAGAUACUUGGACAAAGAUCGAGAACUUUGGUGCUAAAUUUCUUGCUUCUUCCAUUAAUUAUAAUUGUUAUUAAUAAUUAUGGGGAGAAAGUGUAAGGGAGUGGGUUUGUAAAUCACAUCAUAACUUGCAUGUUGUAACUUAUUUUUUUUCUUAUGUGGUAAAAACUAAAGAUGAAAGGGGGUGUAGUUUAGUAGAAAAGGGCCUUGACUUGCA